AUGGAAGGCGAGCGUGCGCUGGGGCUGCUCAGUGGGAAAUCACACCAGGAUCGUCUCGAUGGCAUCACAUAUGUGCGCGAGAGCCUCAAGCCCCAGCACAUGCAGAUGCAGAGCUGCCUCGAUAACACACAGCUCCUGCCAGAGAUUCUGAAAGCCAUCGCACAAACGCUGGUGGACGUGAACUGGAAUGUCAAGCGCGAGGCCGUCACCCUCACCAGUGAGCUCCUCCCGGCCAACGCCGUCGCAGCCAACUACUUGCUGAGCAACCUGCUCGUCAACCUGUGCGAUUCCAAGGUCACCAUUCGCAAAGCCGCGGCCGCCGCCAUCAGUACAUGGCUGGCGACCACGCGGGACCAGGAGAAGGCCUUUGAGCUCCUGGACAAGCGCGGCCUGCAGAACCAGAAACCACAGAUUCGCGCAGAAGUCCUCGGCUUUAUCCAAUCAGAUGCGUGUUUGCAGACACAGUCGCAGGCCGCACUCGCCCGUCUCCUCUCUGGCGUGACGAAACGCGUCCUGGACAGCGACGAGGACGUCAAGUUUGCGGCGCGGCAGACGAUCCAAGAGACUUCGCUGCGCGCAGACCCUGGUGUGCUGAAGGCGGCGGUGGAGCGACUGCCAAGUGGACUUCGACAGCGGUUCCUGGACACGCACGCAACAGUCUCGCAGGAGCACCCGUCUGCAGCAAAACCGCCACCACCGGCGCAGGCGCAGGCCCGCCAGGCAGCAGCCACGCUCGCACAACAGCAGCAGCAGCAACAACAACAACAACAGCCAAAGCAGCCAAAGCAGCCAAAGCAACAGCCCGUGCAACAGCAGAUGAGCGACGCUGCGUCGCCGAGUGUACACGUGGCAGGCCCCACCGCUCUCGUGUUUGGCUGCGUGCCAGCCCCACUCAUACAGACCGUUCGCAGCAGCCCCAACGUCGAGGAGCGGCUGAAGGCGCUGAAUGAGAUACAGCAGCAACAUUUCGAAGGCCUGACGACGGGCACACACGUGCUGCCCCACCUCAAGCAGCUGCUGUCGUUCUUGUGCACCUUGAUGCAGGAUGUCAACCUCAAACUCGUCGUGGCCGCCAUGGAGGCCACGGGUGUGCUUGUGCGGAAGCUUGGCUGGCCCAUCCGCAACCACCUUGACCUGCUGGUGGACAAACUCGCCACUCUCCUUGGCGACAACAAGAUUGUCGUCCGCCAGAGCGCAGCGCGUCUCAUCAACCGCCUCAUGCACACGCUCACGCCCGCGCCCGUGCUGCACAUUCUGCUGAAGCACCUCGACACGGGCGGCUGGCGCGUGCGAGAGGAGGUCAUCAACAUUGUCAUUGUCGCCAUGUCAACGUUCAUGCCAGACCGCUUUGACUUUGAGCGCCUGACAACGCUGCUUGUGCCCGGGCUCAAGGACAAGCGCUCCCGCAUCAAGUUUGUCACCAUUGAGGCGUUUGCUGUCAUGGCGAGCGUGGUGGGCAAGGAGCGCAUGUGGGCGCUGCUGUCUGCGUACCAGAUGGACAGCGGUGUUCGCGAUUCGCUUCGUGAGCGCCUCGACACCGCGAACGACCUCCCCUCAAUCACAGAUGACGGCAUGGUGCACCACACCAACCUGGACGGCGGCCGCGAGUCCCGUGCAAGCAGCGCCACCCCGCACUCCCUCACCAGCACUGCGCGCAUGCCCUGGCUCGCCACCCCCAACAGCCGCGGCGACCAGAUGCUCGACGUGUCUCUCCCGCCCUCAAAGGCGCCAAGCAUGUCCUCCCUGCACCCGGCGCCCGGCGCCGCCACAGACGUCGCCGCCGUUUUUCGCUCAACUCACGUGGACGAGGCCUGGUCGGAGGAGCAGCUGGACCGUGAGUCCGCCCCGCCGUCAAGUAACUCCUACGCGCGCAUGCACCGCAACAAGCUUGCAGGCAAAACGAAGUCCUCGUCCUCGUAUGCGUCGUGGGCGCGGCGGUCAAAGAAGCUCAAGCACAAGACGUCGUCGUACAGCUACGCGUCUCGGCCCGACUCGUUUCUCUCGGACAUGUCCAGCGCACCGUCCUCUGCCGCCAGCAACACGCCCUCCAUCAGCGGCGCCUCCUCAAAGGGCAAAUCGCGCAAGAAAAUUCCCUUUGUUGACAGCCGGAUUGCGCGGCCGGACAGCAGGUCCGCCCCACCAUCUGCCACAUCAACCACGUCCACCAACACAACCAUCACGACGGCAUCCAUCCCCCACGCGCGGCACGGCCGGCGCUCUCCUCGCAGGUCGCCGUCCAAGACUGUCGGCAAGGCGGGCAGCUAUGCAGCAACACACUCCCCAACAGGCGGCGCCAAACGCAGCAAGGGCACAACGUCGAGCACAGCCACGACGACCUCAACUGCUGUUGGCUCAGACCCGUCAUCGCGCAGCCGCCGCGGGCGCCCCACCAACACGCUGCAGGUCGCCGCUGCCGACGGGGGCAAGUUCGCCCGAAACCGCUCUGACAGCCGCAUCCUGAUGGACGCGGAGUGCGGGCGGGGGUCGCCCAAGGACGCGCUGCCCUCCACAUCGCGCUCGUGGGAUCCCAAGCGGCACGGGCACGCGAUGGUCGACAGCAUUGGCGGCGAUGGCGGCGACGAGCCAGACCGCAUUGAGCUGAGCGAGCCGAAGCAGAAGCACCGACCCGCGUACAUGCCGCAGACGAUCAUAGCGCGAAGGCCCCGUCGCGGGUCGUACACGCGCACGCCACCGACGACAACGCACGCCGGAUCCACACCCUCCACCGCAGCAACAGCCACGCGGGCAAGCGAGGCCACCAUCCCCUCCCCGCCGUCGUCGGCAACUGUCCUCGACGACGGCACCGCAGAUGCUGCCAACGCCAACGCCAACGCCAACGCCAACGCCAACGCCAACGCCAACGCUAACGCUGCCGUUGCUGGCGGGAAAUUCAAACCGCGCCCGCCCCCGAGCAGUGAGAAGCGGCACCACGGCAGCGACGGACGCCACUACCUGAAGCCGGGUGAAGCGGGUGACGCGGGCGAGAUGACACAGUCGCACUCGCACCUGCCCACAUUUGGGUUCAAGCAGCAACAGCAGCAGCACGACGCACAGGUGGCACAGGAGCAGGCGGAGGAAGAGAGGCAGCAGCGGGAGCUUGAGAGGCAGCAACGACAGGAAGAGAAGAGACGACGCGAGGAAGACCGAAAGCGGCGAGAGCAGGAGAGGAAGCAGAAGGAGGAAGAGAGGAAGCAGAGGGAGGAAGAGAGGAAGCAGAGAGAGGAGGAGGAGGACCGCGAACGGCAGCAGAGGGAGAAGGAGAGAAAGAAGAAGGAGCGCGAGCGCAUCCAACGCCAGCGAGAAAAGCUGCAGCGGCAAAAGGAGAAGGAAGAAGAGGAGAAGGAGAAGGAGCGAGAGGAGCGAGAACGGCGAUUGAAGCAGCUCGACGAGCAACGCCGCACACAGCGCAAGAAGCAGCAGGAGCAGCUCAAGGCAAAGCGGCAGCAGGAGGAAGAGGAGGCGGAAGAGGCGGCGAAGGCCGCGCAGGAGGCUGCCGAAGCAGCCGCUGCAGCUCAAUUGCAGCACGAGGACAGACAGUCGCCUGAUGACGGUGCAGGCAAGCAGGCACCCAAGAAGCGGCCGCCACGCCCACCACCACAGGUCAUCGAGCACGGUUUGGGAAGUGAAGACGAUGGCGUGGCCGGCGCCACCACCACCGCCACCGCCACCGCGAAUGCCACGACUGCCGCUUCGUCCAGUGCCGUUGCAGAGGCCGAUGCUUCGCACGGUGCUGUGGACGAGAGUGCGCUGUCGGUGGCGUCUGGCAUGCCGUCCACCAACGCCACACCGCGCAAGCAGCAGCGGAGCGUGGCUGCGCGAACGGCGGCGGGCGCGUCGAGCGUGUCACGGACACGCGGGCGAACACGUACGGCGGCACGCUCUGCACGCAUGGGCGGGGCAAAGGCGUCAACAAACGACCCGUACCUGGUGGACGUGGACACGCUGGACGCGCCGGGCAUGUCGGCGGACGCGGCGUGGAAGAAGGCGCGGGCGUCGCUGCAGAAGGGCGACACGCAGGAGCUGUGGAUGGAGAAGUGCGAGGGCCUGGCCAUGCUGCGGCGCCUCACGCUGCACGAGCCCGAGUUUGUGGUGUCGGUGCUGGGUGAAGCCGUGCGCGCGGUGCUGCAGGAGGUGAAGAACCUCCGCUCGUCUGUGUCGCGCCUGGCCAUCCUCGCAUGCGGCGACAUGUGCCGGCUGCUGGGCAAGCCGAUGGAGAAGCACGCGGACGACCUGGUGGCCGCGGUGCUUGUGAAGGCCGGCGCAGAGGCAAGCGUGUUCAUCAAGGAGGACGCAGAGGCUGCGCUGAUGAGCGUGGUGGACUCGCUGUCGCCAUUCAAGGUCGUUGCCGCGCUGCUGCCAAACACGGAGCACAAGAACAAGGAGGUUCGACGCAUGAGCUCGCGGCUGUUGAUGCCGGCGCUGGAGACGGCGGGCCCCAAGAUGCUCUCACACCGGGAAGCGCCGCACCUGCUGCGGAGAAUGGCCAAGCUGGUCUCGGACGGGGACCAGGAGACGCGGUACAACGCGCGGCUGCUGACCAACGAGCUCAUGGGGUUUGACGACUGCGAGAAGGCGAUUCAGCGGCACCUGGAGGGCCGGCCGCAGCGCGAUCUCCUGUCUGCGUGUGACAUGAUCCGCAAGAAGGGCGUUGGGCAGCCGCCCAUGGCCGCCACGCACCGCGGCACCACCAACCUCGGCAACACCACGCGCGGCGCGGCACGGUCCCGCAAGUCGUCGCAGUCGUCCAACACCAGCGGCACGGCAACGCCGAGCGUCCCUGCCAGCGCCAACGUGUCCACCAUGUCUGCCGGUGGCGCGCGCACGCCGGGCGGGUCCAUCUCUGCCACGCCGCGGCGCACGUCACGGGCAGCGCGCACCAAGUCCUCCGCCGUGCAGGCUGCGACGCCCUUCAAGACGGCGGGUGGGGAUGACCUGCUCAAGGUGCUGGGCAAGGAUAUGGCCUCGUCGGACUGGAAGACGCGGGAAAAGGCCAUCGGCAAGCUGCAGGAGCUGGUGCUGGGGUCGCCGGGGAAAUUUGUUGGGUCGGCGACGAACGUGUUCUUUGACUUCGUGCCGCGGCUCCAGGACAGCAACAGCAAGGUGAACGUGGCUGCGCUCAAGUCGCUGGUGCAGAUGCUGCCCCUGCUGCCGGAUGCGCUGGACAUGGUCAUGUCGGAGCUGCUGUCGUCGCUGUUUCUGGGCCUGGCGUCGAAGAACGGCACCAUCAAGGGGCUGACGCAGGAUGCGGUGCACCUGCUGGUCAUCACCAUUAACCCCGCGCAUGUGGCGCAGCCGUUUAUGACCACCAUGCAGUCGUCCAACAGCGUGGUGAAGGAGGCGCUUGUGCCGCACCUCGUUGGCUUCAUCCCCAGGUGCGCCGAUGCCAGCACGAAGACGCUGCAGCGGUAUGUUGUUGCGGGCUGCAUCAAGCUCAUGCGCGAUAACAAGCUGAGCCAGAAGCUUGCGCCCGUGUGGUCUGCGCUCUACGCGGUGCUUGGCGAUGCCAUGUACAAGCCCAAGGCGUUUACGCCGGCACUCACGUCCCAGGUGCAGUCUCUCAUCUCCUAAGCGUUCGCAGGAGCUGCUUGGUUGGAGGUGGCUGCUGCUUGCGCUGUGGGAAACGGGGCACACUUGCCGUGCUUGUGCUUGUGCUUGUGCUUGUGUUUGUGCUCGUGCACUGCUUGUGUGCUUGUGCUCGCACUGCAUGAUGGUAGAUCGAUAGUGUGGGGGACGGGGAGGGGACAGAGACAGAGAGCGAGAGAGAGAGAGAGGGGGGGGGGGAGAAUGGCCUUUUUGGCCAGAGGUGGCUCGUUGUUUGGGAUUGUGAGUGCCAGUGCAUUUCUGCUGCCUUUUGUUUGUGCAUAAUCAUAACCAAGUUGACCCUGCUUCUAUUUCGUCUGGGUCUGCGCCCUGCUUUUGUGCUGUGUACAUACUCCUCCUUUAAGUGGAGCCAGACAUUGAGCGUGGUUGCUCUGGACAACCAACACCAAUAGAUACAUCUGCGAACCCACA